AUGGACCAACAACGAUCAUCUUCCCCAGUCAUCCACCCUGGGAAUACAACCCCCCCAGCGAGGUCUAUCAUUAUCACCGCUCACCUCAGCCUCCUAUACGAGAAUAGAGCCAGCUAUGAGUCCAGCUACGGAUGCAUCUCUCGUGAUGUCGAAUCGGAUAUCAGGCACAAUCGUCUCUACCCAUGUGCCACCUUGCGUGACAACAUUGGGGAGCUCCUCGCGAAGAAAUGGCGUAUUAGGGCUCUGCUGGACCAGAUUAACGACGACAUCGAAGUCCUUGAAGGAUAUCUCCGCAGUGCCAUCAUCACCGAAGCUGCUACUAGCGCUGCGGAGGCUGCCACCGAUACUGAUAAUUAG